CGUACUCGACAAGCUUAACAAACGAUCGCAUCUGGAACUAUAUUUAUAUAUUUCCAUGAACCAUACACACUGAUCUGACUUCGUACUUAAUCUCGAUUAAGAUAGCAGGAUUGUGCGGGACAAUACGUUGCAUUUGUGAUAUGAUAAGUUAAAACAUCUCAGAAGAAAACGACUAUUGAUUAAUAAGUAUUAACCUAUUACGUCAUUCGUGUUAAAAUGAAAACAAAACAAAAAUAGAAUACUUACAGUUCAACAGAAUGACCUCACUACGCAGUAGUAAAUUGAUAUGCUACUAAACAACAUCGUGACCCCUAUAGUAUUUGUACAACAGCAGCAGGCUAAACAAGAUCAGGAAACCAGAAAUGGCCUUUGAGUUGAUCCAUCCCAUUCAUGUGACAUCAUUCGCCUACUGCCGUUGAAAAUAUGUUAAAGAAUGUUUUAUAUAUCGAGUCGUAAAGCAGAGUUCAAUAAUUGCAACAUAGUUUCGUGUACAGUGAGAGCUCCCAAAUUACGACUUUUGAGGACAAAAAAUAGGUGUUUGCUAGCCAGCUCUUCCUUCUACGGUAUAUGGGCGAGUGAAUAUCACGGGCUUGUUGACGAUUGUAUGAGAAGGUAAAACAUUGUGCCCAUCCUACAUACACGCGGACAUUACCCGACUCUUGAUUAUGCUACAAACUUACAAUUAUAAUACAGGGCGAUAUAUUGCGCCUCUCAAAAUCAGCUAGGUUACUAUUCGUACCUAGUAAACGGUCUUGAUUUAAAAUACUUUUCACUGGCAAUCAUGUCAGGAGUUAACAGCAAAAUACCCGGGCUAAUUGUAAGACGACAUUCGGAUGAAAAGGACAGCAGUAUAUGUAGCAGCAUUGUUGUUAUUGGCAACAAUAAAGAUCAUCACCUGGUUUCAGGACAACGAAAAAUCGACAGGGACAUCUAUAAAGAAAAGGAUAGUCUUCGAUUAGCGCCGAUCUGCGCAUGUCCAUGCAACCUGCCCAUCUGUAAGGAGAGACGUGCGGUGCAAUUUUCUGAGAGAUACAUACAGGAAGAGGGUUGUGAGUGUCUAACACCAGAAGGUUAUGGUAACAUGUGCAUUACCAGUGCUGACCAGAGAUACGUUGAGCUGAAAUACAAGACACCUGAGAAAAGAAUGCGUACGUUCAGAAGCGAUGAGCGUUGCAAUGAUGACAGUUUCAGCCGGAGGUUGGCUAAUGCUGGCUUCUACGUAACACCAGUAGUUGACAGGCAAGGCCGUUUUGUGAGUCUAUCAUGCUUUCAAUGUCGUAUUAGACUUAGGAUGCUGGACAAGAAAAGUGAUCCGUUCCGUGAACAUGCGCGAUGGUUUCCUACUUGCGCUUAUGUCAUCCACCGAAAUGGAAUGGAAUUCAUUCACAGUGUCCUACAGGAUACAAGAAAGAUACAGCAGGAACAGGAUGAGAGGGGGAAUUCCGGCCAAAAUGACGGUGGCUCGUAGAGGAGACCUGGGAUGAAUUUGGCGCUGUUAUUCCUGAAACCCGGUUUAUGAUUAGUGGAGACGUGAGGCGAGUGGACCAUGGACUACAUCAAGUCCCUAUUCUUUAACAUUGUAUUGUACUACAUAGUAAUCAUAUCAUCAAUAUUUACGCUAAAAUGUAUCAUUUAACAUUUAAAAGCAUGCAGAAAAUUAUGAUGCACGUAAUGUAAUCAUUAUAGAAAAGGGAGAAGGUAUUUCUAUACAUGUUUAACUAACAAACAUAUGUAUAUCUAUAGGCUUGUGUACAUUUUGGGACUCACCUGUGGUACUUCAGGCAAAAAA